CAUGUCUCCAUUCCUAUUCUUCAUGUUUCGCCAUAGUCCACAUGAUGUUCUUUGAGCUGUCCGCCCAUCGUGUAUUCGGGCUGUUGGCCAUUUGCUUCUUGCCCCCGGCUCUGUCGACUCCCAUUAGCCACGAAAACGGAACCAGCGUCACAACCUUGCAAGUCAUUCCGGAAACCCAGUCGCUAGAGAAUAUCGCAGUCCGCAACAAUGGUGACCUCCUGGUUACCUCCGUCGCUUCGUCGACUCUGUUCGGGUUGUCGCCUGAUAGAGAACACCCGCCGAUCCCGGUUGCUCGGAUUUCCGGUGUAACAGGUCUCCUGGGGAUUGCUGAGCUUGAGAAGGACAUCUUCUACGUCGUUGGUUCCAACCUCACGUCGACAGAAAACUCGAACGGGGUGUGGAAGGUCGACCUUCGCAACUUCCAGGCCUUCCGGAACGGUACCAUCCUCCAGACGGCUUCAGUCUCUUUGGUUACCCGAAUACCCUCGGCUCUGCAACUCAACGGCAUGGCUCGCCUCUCCACCAACGACACCAAGAGGCUCCUCAUCUCGGAUUCCUCUCGGGGUACAGUCAUACGCCUGAACGUUGACACGGCCGUCUACGAAACGGCCGUCCAAGAGCCCGAAAUGGCUCCCCUGACCACAGGCCUGGGGAUCGGGGUGAAUGGCAUUCGGAUCCGCGAUAACUACCUCUAUUUCGUGAGCCUAGACCAGGGCCGUUUUGCCAGGGUGCCGAUAUCUCUAGCAAGCGGAGAAGCACUUGGCCCUGUCGAGACGCUUGCCUCCGGCAUCACCUUUGGCGACGACUUUGCCCUCUCGGGAGACGGUAGAUGGGCGUACGUCGCCACCAACGGCCCUCGGGAGGUCAUUGGGAUUGACCUGCUGCUUGGAGGGAAGUUCGUGGCUGCCACCUCGCCCCUGCUUGGAUCCGCCUCGUCGGUCGCUCGCUCCACGGGCAAUGUCUGGUACGUAACUGGUGCUACUCCGUCAGGGAACAGCACAGUUGGCCACGUGUCUAGCGUACUAUUCAGUUGCGGGGUUUAGUGUAGGAGUUGUAUGACUUCACUUUUUAGAAUAGCUGCAUGUAACAGUGUUCAAUGCACACAAUUGGAGUAGGCUACGAGACAACCCCUAUUUAAAAUACAAACAUGCAGUUUUGUUUUCGUCUUCCGCAUCAAUUGUAUUGGAUGGUGUCGUGCUUGUUCUAUCCAACACACCGUCGCGUUGUUCAAGUAUGGCUGGAUCGUUGUCGCUUACAUCUAUUGUACUUGUGCUAAUAACAACACU